AUGACCCAGACGGAGCAAGGUGAAGCGCUUCCUGCGGAGCACCGGGGAGGAUGGAUGCACUUCCUGAAGGCGAUCGCAAGCAUGUCGGGUGAUCUGAGCAAGAUGACGGCACCCUCGUUCAUUCUCUCACCCGUGUCGCUGACGGAGUACCCAUCGUACUGGGGCGAGCACCCAGCGUCGUUUGUCGACGUGCAGAAUGGUGCGACGCCGGAGGAGCGCAUGAUUGCUGUUUUGCGCUGGUUUAUCGGCACGCUUAAGGGCCAGUACACGUCGCGCAACACGAGCAUGGGCUCGGAGAAGAAGCCGCUGAACCCUGUGCUGGGCGAGCUGUUCUACGGCAAUUGGCCAGCGCAAGGCGAAUUGGGCGAAACGACCCUUGUGUCGGAGCAGGUGUCGCAUCACCCGCCCAUCACGGCGUACUUUUUGGAAAAUGCCAAGGCGGGCGUAUCCGUCGAGGGGCACAGUGGCCAAAAAACGUCGUUCACGGGCCGCUCGAUUCGCGUUGUGCAGGUCGGCCAUGCCUUUAUGCGCUUGCAGCGUCCUGAGGGCGUUGAGACGUACCUUAUUACUUUGCCGACGCUGUCGAUCGAUGGUCUGUGGUUUGGCUCGCCGUACAUUGAGCUUACGGACUCGUCGUACAUCUACUCGUCUUCGGGCUUGACGGCCAAGAUUCACUACUCGGGCCGCGGCUACUUUACGGGCAAGCCACACUCCUUCACGGCGACUGUGACACCGUCUUCAUCUCCGUUGUCGAAGCCCAUUUUCCAGGCCUCUGGUAUCUGGUCGGGCAAGAGCACGGUGGACGAAAGCACCGUGGUGCCUGCCCAAGGCGAAUUUUGGGACGCAGAUGCGCAUGCGCGUGAGGAGGUUCACGUCAAGCCGCUAGAGCAGCAGGGCGAGUACGAAAGUCGCCGCCUGUGGCAGACGGUGUCGCGCGGCAUCAAGUCGGGCGACUACGAUAUCGCAUCGAAAGACAAGUCGCGCAUCGAGAACGAGCAGCGUGCUCUUCGGAAGAAGCGCGAGCAGGACGGCACAAAACACGUACCGAAGCACUUUGCGCUCGUGGAAAAUGACCCAGAAUAUGCUCGACUCGUCGUGCCGUCUAAGCACGUUCCUGCCGAGCAGGACAGCUUCCGUUUUCAGCGCACGUAG